GGAUCCUGGACCAAGUGCAGUUGGUUUUAAACGAUCGAAACGAGAGCACGUUUACCAGCUGCCAAACUAAAAAUCACUUUAACGUUCAAUUAUUUUCUUUAGUUCAGUUAUAUUAAUUCUUCUCAAAAUUAUAAAGUUCAAUUGUGUUAACAUUUUUAUUAAUUUUUUGCAACACGGACCUUUCAAUUAUUUCUUUAUCUUACAUUGCAUAUAAGUUUGUUAUCGUUUCUCUCUUAUUUGCAAUAUCUCGUUCGAUAAUUGUUGAUAAAAGUAUUGUUUGAAAUAAUAAAAGAAAUAAACAAGGAAGAAAAGGGUAAUAAGUGUUUCGAUCGUUUAAUCUUUAAAUUUUGUUCGAAUUUGUAUUUAUUUUGAAUUUGUAUUAUUACGUUAAAUUAUUUCUCAUAUCAUUUUGCAAUUUGCGCAUGCGUAUGCGCGAAUUAUUGAUUUUAAAAGGAAAAGUUUGGAGUAAAUCAGUCAUACGUGAGAAUCGAACGUCAGUUCAAUGCCGAGAAAAGUCACCGGUCAAAUACUUUUAGUUUUUUUAAGUUUAUUUCUUUUCAAUGACGUCAGCUCGGGAUCAUUCGAUGAUGGGAGUGAUCUCCUAAUAAAACCAGUGAGGUUAACGGAGUAUUGGGAUGAAUAUGCUUCUCAAAGAGAAUUGACACCGAUAAAAAAUGUCUUUUGGCAAGGACCGACACAUCUUGGUCAGAUAUCUGGAGUCUCGGUGGAUCCUUCAGGAUAUCCUGUGAUCUUCCAUCGUGCCGAUCGAAUCUGGGAAUUCUCUACCUUCACAAAAGAAAAUGUUUACACGGAAAGAGACAAAGGACCGAUCACUGAAGAUACCGUACUAACGUUAGAUCCAGGCAGUGGGAAUAUUUUACGUGGUUGGGGAAGAAACAUGUUCUAUUUGCCGCACGGUAUACAUGUUGAUAAUUUUGGAAACGUGUGGUUGACCGAUAUUGCUCUUCAUCAGGUUUUUAAGUUUAAUAGUUCUGGAAGACUGAAGUUAAUACUCGGGAAACGUUUCAAGCCAGGAAAUGAUCUCAAUCAUUUUUGUCAACCAACAUCUGUCGCUGUGGCCCCAUUGAACGGCAAUGUUUUCAUCGCUGAUGGAUACUGUAAUAACAGGAUUGUUCUUUAUGAUUCUAUGGGAAAUUCAAUAAGGAGCAUUGAUGAACAUCCGCUUGUUUUAAACAUACCACAUUCAUUAACGAUAUUGUCAAACGGAGAUCUCUGUGUUGCUGAUCGAGAAAAUGGCAGAGUCAUUUGUACACUUGGACUUGCUGGACUUAGAACUAAAUACAUUGGAAGAAAAUAUUCUAUUCCAGUUCGUGGCCGAAUUUUUGGUGUUGCUUCUUACAAUAAUACAAUUUACGCCGUGGGCACUGUGAGAUGUGGGGGGACUUGUGCAAUGGGCUACACGAUAGAUACAUACUUUCUAGUCUUCAAUGUGUGGCCAACCGCAUUUAAUUUCCAAAAUCCACAUGACAUCGCAAUAGAUCAGAGAAGUAAGUCAUUGUACGUCAGUGAGAUUGGUCCUAAUCGAAUAGAAAAGUUUGAUUUGUUACCUUGAAAGGGACAAAGAUAAUGCGAUGAAAGAAAUGAUUUGGAGGCUUAUAAAAAAUAAGCAAGUCCGGAAGAAUAAAAUUGACAAAUUAAGA